AUGUUGCUAACAAUUUAUUAUAUUACAAUCUCAUAUUUUGUAUCCAUUUCAUUAGCCCAUAAUGCAAAAUUUUCUCUUAUGGGUGAUGGUUUAGUUUAUUGGGCAUGCGAUUAUCAACUGGACGUGGCUACCUUUUGCGGUGAUGAUCUUUUAUAUACCGCAUGUAAAUGUUCAAACAAGAAUGCAUUGGCUACGAUUGCUGGAUGUAUGGCAUACAAUAACAGAAACACCACUAGCGUUGACAAAACUGCGACUAAAAUUUGUCUUGAUUAUGGUGACAUUACUCUUUCUGAAGGCUGGUUCGAGGAAGCUUACCAAUAUUACUUGGACAAUGCAGUUUACCUUGAAGAGAUUCCCGAUUUCAAUGCUAGUAUUCCUAUUGAUGUUCCUCUUAAAUUUAAUGGAACCAUGAUUUUGUUGUACUAUGAUGCCUAUGAUCAUUUCUUUGGUAAUUAUGACAAUUCUUUCUACUAUGGUGCCGGUGCUUUGGGGUACUGGUUAUUGGUGAUGGUUAUUGAAGGUGUUGUCAACUGGUCUAAAGUGUUGUUUCCUGGUUUAAUCAAAAGAUUAACGUUUGCUCCUAUCACAUGGUGGAGAUCUUAUGUAUCGAUGCCAGCUACGUUCAGAAAGAGAAAAGCACAGGAAUUGCCAUUAUUGAAGUUCUUUGACUGUUUGAUUCCAUCGAGAUAUGAGUCGCUUGUUAUUCUUGGAUUCUAUGCUUAUAUCAUUGCUGUCCAUUGCAUCAAAUUGCACUACGUAAAAGAAGUUCCUAUCUAUGAAACUGCAUAUUUGUUCAGACUCCGUAACAUUGCUGAUAGGACUGGUAUAGUAGCUACCGUUAUGAUGCCAUUGGUGUUCCUUUUUGGUGGUAGAAAUAAUGUCAUGCAAUGGUUAACUGGGAUGAGCUACAACCAAUUUAUGACGUAUCAUCGUCACAUCGCUAGAGUGAUGGUUGCCUUGGUUAUAAUUCACUCUGUGAAUUUUACCAUCUUGGAAGGUGAGUAUUACUCUAGUGAGGCAGCAGAACCCUACUUCUACUGGGGUAUUAUUGCUACUAUUGCUGGUGGAUUGAUUUGGUUACAGGCGAUGCUUUUCUUCAGAAGACGAUGGUAUGAAAUGUUUUUGUUCAUACACAUCGUUAUGGUCGCCAUUUAUAUUGUGGGUACGUGGAUCCAUGUUGAUGAUCUUGGAUAUGUUUGGUUCUGUUACGCCAGUAUUGCACUUUGGUGUUUUGAUAGAUUGAUUAGAAUUGUGAGGUUGUUCUGGUUUGGUUUCCCCAAAGCAAGAGUCACUUUAAUUGGCAACGAUACCAUCAAAGUUGUUAUCCCCAAACCGCGGUACUGGUAUUCUGUUCCUGGUGGCCAUGCAUUUAUAUCAUUCUUUCGUGUUUCUUGUUUCUGGCAAUCACAUCCAUUCACGUUUGUUGAUUCACCCGAUGAUAAAAAUAUCAUGUUGUUUUGUAAAGUCGAGGGGGGAAUGACACAUGGGUUGUAUCAAUACUUGGCUAAACAGCCAGAUCAAACUGCAUCUAUUGUUGUUGGAGUAGAAGGUCCAUAUGGUGAACCAACUCCUGCUAGAUAUGCGGAUACUGCUGUGUUCAUUGCUGGUGGAAAUGGUAUUCCUGGUAUUUAUUCUGAAAUUAUGUAUAUGGCCAGGAAAACACUGGAGAACUCCAAGAAAGUUAUGAAGUUGGUUUGGAUUGUUAAAGACUACCCCUCUUUGACUUGGUUCAAUGAUGAACUCGAACAGUUGAAGAGCACUGAUGUUCACACUAUUAUCUAUGUCACUCGUCCUGAUCAGUCUACCGGCAGUGAUGUGGAUAAGAAAUCAGACAGCAAGGAAAGUGGGGACGACGAUAAGGAGUCAAUCAAGUCAAGAUUGGCUCAUAUUGAAUUCAAAGAAGGAAGACCAUCACUUGAAGAUCUUAUUGUUGAUGAAAUUAGUGAAUCUCAAGGAUCAAUUGCUUUUGUCGCUUGUGGUCAUCCAGCUAUGGUUGAUGAAUUACGUUAUUUCGCUGGGCAUAACGUUACUAACCCAGAUCACAAGAGAGUUGAUUUCUAUGAACAAUUACAAGUCUGGGCCUAG